AUGAAACUAGUGAGACAGUUCCAUUAUCCCUCUGGUGACUGUAACUUCUCUUGCCAAAAAUUCAUUCAAACCCGUGCUGGGAUUUUUCUACCUAGAGAAACGUCCCGGUCAGAUAUCUCUUCCCGGAAAGGCGUCCCAGCCAGAUUUGUCUCCCCGGCGAGGCGUCCCCGCAUUUUUCUCCCGGGAGAAACGUCCCAUCAGAUUAAUUGCCCCGGAGAGGCGUCCCCGGAUUUGUCACCCGGGAGAACCAUCCCAGUCAGGUUUCUCUUCCCGGAGAGGCAUCCCGGUCAGAUUUGUCUCCCCGGCGAGGCGUCCCCGCAUUUUUCUCCCGGGAGAAACGUCCCAGUCAAAUUUCUCUUCCCGGAGAGGCUUCCUAGUCAGAUCUGUCUCCCCGGAGAGGUGUCCUCACAAGUUUUAUUUUUAGUGAUUACAAGCAGGCAGAAUGCCUAUACUCGCGUACCAAAUACCUAUUACACCGUGAUUAAGCUCAGCAGGAAACCUUUCUCUUCAGUUCUUAUGGGAUCUUUCACUCGCUCCCAUCUCUAUAUAUUCAUUCAGCUCAUCUACCUCCUCCUCAAGCAAGGACGUAUUUGUUCGUUCGUAUUGGAUUCACUCGCCGAUUCGUCCGAUAGUUCAAGGAAUGUGGAGCAUUUGGCUACAGCUUGGAUUCUUGGCAUCUGUCUUGCUUUUGGCUGUUUGUGUCGCACGUGUCUCACGCGAUAUCAUACCCAUCUCAGAGCUCUAUCAAGCUCCUUAGACCUUACAAUACACUCAUUCCACCUUGUUUGGAUCUCGCUCCCUUGUCGAGUCGUUUGCCAUAUGUCCCCUCCUCAGCUCAUGCAAGAGUUUGCUCUUAUAACCUUUCAGGAUUACACACUUGGAAAACGGCCCUCUUCCCCUUUUGCAGUCCAGGCAAGCCAGUACACCAUCUCUUACUUGUCCGCGACUAUACGCCAAAGCAGCUUCGCAAUUCUAGGGCGGAAACAAGUUGAUCUGAUCACGACCCUGGCGCAAUUUGACGCCGCAAUUCGCUUAGAGGAGGGCCUGCUCUGCCCAUUGCAAUGGUGUUUUGGGUCUAUAGGACUCCUGGUCCUCGGUUAUGAUGUCGAGGUCAAUGUACAUUGUAAGAAGUUCACUGUGGUUCAGUUUUGUGGUUCCAGUUUUGGGAACCCAGCAGAAAUAGACGGUAACCUGCUACCCCAGUUAGUACCUUCGAUCAAAGCCGCCCUGCACGUCCUACAUAAUCAUCGUCGCAUGUAUCCCUUAAGUGAUCCCAAAUGCCAAGCUUGUGGUUUUCGGGCCCGUGGCUGUGCCAACAGCAAGGCAAACCCCGCAUUGGUCCGGGACUAG